AUGACCGUUAAUAUACCUACAUCAAUUAGUGAAUUACCUGAUUAUUGUUUUUAUAAAUGUUCAUCAUUAACAACAAUUAAUAUACCAACAUCAGUUAGUAAAUUAGGAUAUCGAUGUUUUAGAUAUUGUUCAUCAUUAAAAUCAAUUAAUAUACCAUCGUCUGUUAGUGAAAUAGGAGAUGAUUGUUUUUAUGGAUGUACAUCAUUAAAAUCAAUUAAUAUUCCAUCAUCUGUUAAUAAAAUAGUGGAUUGGUGUUUUAGUUGGUGUUCAUCAUUAACAUCAAUUAAUAUUCCAUCAUCAAUUAGUAAAUUAGGAGAUUGCUGUUUUUGUAGAUGUUCAUCAUUAACAUCAAUUAAUAUUCCAUCAUCAGUUAAGAUAUUUGUAAAUGGUUGUUUUUGUGGAUGUUCAUCAUUAACAUCAAUUAAUAUUCCAACAACAAUUAGUGAAUUAGGAGAAGAGUGUUUUAAAGAAUGUUCAUCAUUAACAUCAAUGAAUAUACCAUCAUCAGUUAGUUUUAUAGGAAAAGAAUGUUUUUAUUGGUGUAAAUCAUUGACAUCAAUUACUAUACCAACAUCAAUUAAAGAAAGAGGAAAGGAUUGUUUCAAAGAAUGUACAUCAUUAAGACUAGUAAAAAUAAAUUCACCUUCAGUUGGGUCAUUACCUAAUAAUUAUUUCCAAAUGUUUAAAUGGAUGAAUAAAUUAGAGCGCUGUUGUUUUAUAGCAUGUUCAUCAUUAACAUCAAUUAAUAUACCAUCAUCUAUUAGUGAAAUAGGAAAAUAUUGUUUUUGUGGAUGUUCAUCAUUAACAUCAAUUAAUAUACCAACAACAAUCAGCAAAAUAGAAGUUGGUUGUUUUAAAAAAUGUUCAUCGUUAACAAAAAUUAAUAUUCCAACAGGUGUUAGUGAAUUAGGAUAUGGAUGUUUUUGUGGAUGUUCAUCAUUAACAUCAAUUAUUAUACCAUUAUCAGUUAAGAUAUUAGGAGAUGGAUGUUUUUGUGGAUGUAAAUCAUUAACAUCAAUUAUUAUACCAACAAACAUCAGCGAGUUCAGAAAAAAUUGUUUUAGUGUGUGUGUGUCAUUAACAUCAAUUAACAUACCAACUACAAUAACAUCAUUUGGUGCACAAUGUUUCAUUGAUUGUAAAUCAUUAACGUCAAUUGACAUAUCAACAUCAGUUAAAAUAAUAGGAGAAGAAUGUUUUAGAAGAUGUUCAUCAUUAAAAUCAAUUAAUGUACCAACGUCAAUUAGUAAAUUAGAGCGCCGUUGUUUUAAGAUGUGUGUAUCAUUAAAAUCAAUUAAUGUACCAUCAUCAAUUAAGACAUUAGGAGAUAAUUGUUUUAAUGGAUGUUAUUCAUUAACGUCAAUUACUGUUCCAUCAUCUAUUAGUGAAAUAGGAGCUGGUUGUUUUUGUGGAUGUUCAUCAUUAACAUCAAUUAAUAUACCAACAGCAAUUAGUAAAAUAGGAGAUGGGUGUUUUUGUGGAUGUUCAUCAUUAACAUCAAUUAUUAUACCAUCAUCACUUAAAAUAAUAGGAAAUGAAUGUUUUUGUGAAUGUAAAUCAUUAAAAUCAAUUAACA